UCGCCGGGUGCACCAAUCAGGGCGCGCCGCGUCUCGGCCCGAGGGCUCCGCUGCGGAAGGAGCGCCGCUCGCGCACGCCGGCAGGAAGGAGGAGGAAGAAGAAGGAGGAGGAGGAGGAGGAAGGCGAGCCUCCCGGCGGGCCUGGACGGGGAGCGCGGCCGGCGAGUGAGGGGCUGCGGGGAGCUGGGCCGCCUGACCGCCCUCCCUCCCUCCGGGAACUCUGCACGCGCUCAGGAGCCCUCUCGCCCCUUCCUCUCCUCCCCCUGGCGGGCCCUGACUGCCCGCGCUCUUGGUUUCUCCGACGCAGAAGCAGAAGGAGGAGAAGGAGGAGGAAAGGGGAGCCCGUCCGCGAAGGAACCCGAGGAGCCCCCGCGAUGGAGCCCCGCGCCGGGUGGCCGCUCCUGCCCGGAGUCCUCCUCCUGCUGGCCUGCCUGCCCUUCUCCUCGGAGGCCUUUGCUGUGAUGUCAGUGGAUAUGGGCAGCGAGUCCAUGAAGAUUGCCAUCGUCAAGCCUGGGGUGCCGAUGGAGAUUGUCUUGAACAAGGAAUCUCGGAGGAAAACUCCGGUAGCCGUGGUCCUAAAGGAGAAUGAGCGCCUCUUUGGGGACAGUGCCGUGGGAAUGGCCAUCAAGAACCCAAAGGUGGCAUUCCGAUACUUCCAGGACCUUCUCGGAAAGCACAUUGAUAACCCCCAAGUGGCUCUCUACCAGUCACGGUUUCCAGAGCAUGAGCUGGUGAAAGACGCAAGGAGGGAGACCGUCACCUUCAGGCUGUCCGAGAACAUGCGGUAUUCCCCAGAGGAAGUCCUAGGCAUGGUCCUGAACUAUUCUCGCACACUGGCUGAGGACUUUGCAGAGCAGCCCAUCAAAGGUGUUGUCAUCACUGUCCCUGCCUACUUCAACCAGGCAGAGAGGAGAGCUGUCCUGCAUGCAGCAAAAAUGGCAGACCUUAAGGUUUUGCAACUCAUUAAUGAUAACACUGCUGUGGCUUUGAAUUAUGGAGUGUUCCGGAGGAAGGACAUCAAUUCAACUGCCCAGAAUAUCAUGUUUUACGACAUGGGUGCAGGCAGCACCACGUGCACCAUUGUAACCUACCAGACUGUGAAGACGAAGGACUCGGGAACCCAGCCUCAGUUGCAGAUCCAGGGUGUUGGAUUUGAUCGCAUGCUGGGAGGACUGGAAAUGGAGCUGCGCCUGCGGGAUCAUUUGGCCAAACUCUUUAAUGCACAACAUCCCUCAAAGGAUGUCCGGAAAAACCUCCGGGCUAUGGCCAAGCUUCUGAAGGAAGCCAGUCGUGUGAAGACAGUGCUGAGCGCUAAUGCAGACCACAUGGCCCAGAUUGAGGGCCUCUUAGAUGAUAUUGACUUCAAGGCCAAGGUGACCCGUCAGGAGUUUGAGGAUCUGUGCUCUGACUUGUUCCAGCGUGUUGCAGGGCCUGUGCAGCAAGCGCUGAGCAGUGCUGAGAUCGGUCUGAAUGAAAUAGACCAUGUGAUCUUGGUUGGUGGCGCCACUCGAGUGCCGAAGGUGCAAGAGUUUCUGCUGAAGGCAGUCGGCAAGGAGGAGUUGGGCAAGAACAUCAAUGCAGACGAAGCGGCAGCAAUGGGCGCCGUGUACCAGGCGGCUGCCCUGAGCAAGGCCUUCAAGGUGAAGCCUUUCAUUGUCCGUGAUGCUGCGGUUUUCCCCAUCCAGGUGGAGUUCACUCGCGAAGUGGAAGAGGAGGAUAAAUCCAAGAGCCUGAAGCACAAUCGGCGGAUUCUGUUCCAGCGCAUGGCCCCCUAUCCUCAGCGCAAGGUCAUCACCUUCAACCGCUACACCGACGACUUCGAGUUCCACGUCAACUAUGCAGACAUGAGCUUUCUGAGCGAGACUGACCUCAGAGUUUUUGGGUCCCUGAACCUCACAAGGGUGAUGCUGCGUGGGGUGGGAGAGAGCUUUAAGAAGCAUUUGGACUAUGAAUCCAAAGGGAUCAAGGCUCAUUUCAACAUGGACGAGAGCGGCGUGCUGAGCCUGGAUCGUGUAGAAUCUGUAUUUGAGACUCUCGUGGAGGACAAACCGGAAGAGGAAUCCACACUGACAAAACUUGGGAACACAAUCUCCAGCCUCUUCGGAGGAGGCAGCCCUGUGCCAGAAGUCCCUGAAAACUUGACCGAGGCUGUUCAGGAGGAAGAAGAGGCCCAAGCGGAGUCAGGUAAAGAGGACCAGAAGGACGAGGCUGAGGCUGCCAGCGAGGAGGAGGAGGAGAAGCAACCACCCUCCCCAUCUCCAUCACCAGAAAAAGAUGCUGGAGAGGAUUUUGAAACAGGGGACCAGCAAGAUCAAGGGGCAGAGAAGCCCAGCUCUCAGGAAGCCCAGGAGACGCCAACGACUGGAAAGGAGGGGGAGCAGCCUGUUAAGGGAUCAGAAGGUGAUGGCGGCAAAGCAGCGGCCGAAGCGGAAGAGGAGCUGAAGCCGAAGCCUCCCAAGAAGCAGAAGGUGGUGGAGGAGAUUGCGGUGGAGCUGGAUGUAAAUGACGUGCCAGACCUGCUCCCAGAGGAGCUACAGGACUCUGUCAAGAAGUUGCAAGAAUUGACUGAAAGAGAUCUAGAGAAGCAAGAGAGGGAGAAGUCAGCCAACAGCCUCGAGGCCUUUGUCUUUGAGACCCAGGACAAGCUCUAUCAGGAGGAGUACCAGUUUGUUUCUACAGAGGAAGAGAGAGCGGACAUUUCCAAGAAGCUGAGUGAAGUUUCUGCCUGGAUAGAAGAGGAGGGCUAUACAGCCACAACCAAGGAGCUGAAGGAGAAGCUCUCUGAACUUAAGAAGCUGUGCCGGAGUCUUUUCUUCCGAGUGGAGGAGCGAAGGAAAUGGCCGGACCGUCUGGCUGCCCUGGAAAGCUUGCUCAAUCAUUCCACUAUCUUUCUCAAAGGAGCUCGGAUGAUCCCAGAGGCUGAUCAGAUAUUCACAGAGGUGGAGAUAAGCACUUUGGAAAAAGCUAUAAACGAAACAGUGUUGUGGAAGAAUGAGACUCUGGCAGAACAGAACAAGCUCUCCCCCACCGUCAAGCCUGUCCUGCUUGCCAAAGAUAUUGAAAUGAAGAUUGCAGCCCUGGACAGGGAAGUACAAUACCUCCUCAACAAAGCAAAGUUUGCCAAGCCCAAACCCAAGAAGAAGAAGUGGUCAAAGGGGAAAGUGAGAGACAAGUUGAACAACCUUGUCUUGUUUGACAAAGCUACGUAUGACAAACUCUGCAAGGAGGUGCCAAACUACAAGCUCAUCACACCGGCCGUAGUCUCUGAAAGGCUCAAGAUUCGAGGCUCCCUGGCUAGAGCCGCACUCCAAGAGUUACUCAGCAAAGGUUUAAUCAAGCUAGUGUCCAAGCACAGAGCCCAGGUCAUCUAUACUCGAAAUACCAAGGGGGGUGAUGCACCAGCAGCAGGGGAGGAUGCAUGAAAAGGUUUUUCACUGGCUUUUAGACUCUUCUGUAUAUUCAAAAAAAUAAAAUAACAAUAUAGACAA